AUGUCCAGAAGCGGGCCUGCACUGGCAUGCACGAUAGGAAUGGCUCCGUUGAACAGGUACUCCACCACAGCAAUUCCAAAGUGUUCGUUCCACAUAGUGUUGAGACCAAAGUCGGCUUUCGACAGGUACUCGUCCAAAACGUCUCUCGGAGCGUUCACCUCGAAAACCACGUACUGUUCGAUAUCCAGCUUCUUGACCAAUUCUUUCAACUCGACAACCGUUUCCUCGUCCUGCGCAGUUCUCGUGGAUCCCACAAGCACCAGCUUGUACGGCUUCUCAGAAGUCUCCAGGUACUUGGCGUAUUCCUCGAUCAAAAGUCCGUGUCUCUUUUCCGGUCUGAACUGGGCAAGAUACAGCAUGGUGCGGUCCUUCUUGCCGAACGGACUGGCGAUCUUGGUUUCGUCGAUCCCUGUGGAAGGGUAUAGGAUCUUGGGAGGAUGCGUUUCCACUACGUUGGACCAAACAGACUUGAUGUGGUUACACGUCCAUGUCGAGUUGCACAGAGUGAUGUCGAUGCACUGGGCCACAAACUCGUAG